UUCUUUUAGGCCAGCCGUGCACCGGACUUCCGUUUCUUGGGCUAGUGAGCCGAGAGCCGAUUCACACAAAUCCUUCGUCUGAUGUCAGAGUGUGGCUCUCGGCUUCAACCAAUCGAGUUCGUAGUGACGCCACGGUGGGCUGGACGUCAGGUUGCAUUCAUAAACGGAUGUGAUAGUUAAGUGUUGAAUGUACUGUACAGAUAUAGACAGAACUUGAACCAUGGCGGAAGAAGACGACACGAAAAUUCGGAUUUUACAAAGUCUACGGGGAAAGAUCUGUGAAGCAAAGAACCUGGGUCCAAACUCGGGCCCCACGCGACUGCGUGACGUCUCCACCUUCUGCACCAUCAGUCUGGACCAAGAGGAGGUGUUCCGCACAAAAGUGUUCGAGAAAACCUUAAGCCCGUUCUAUGGAGAGGACUUUUACUUUGAAAUCCCUCGGCCAUUUCAGUGUCUGUCCUUCUAUGUGUACUCCAAGAGCGUUUUUCAAAGGGAUCUGCCAGUAGGUAAAGUGUCGAUAAGGAAAGAAGAUCUCUGUAAGAUCAGUGGCAGGGAGAACUGGUUCACCCUGCAGCCCGUGGAUCCCAACUCCCAAGUCCAGGGGAAGGUGCAUUUGGAGAUGAGGCUGAAUGAGCUGAUAACAGAGAAUGGUUCACUCGGUCAGCAGUUGUCAGUUCGGAUUAUCGCAUGCCAGGGCUUGCCCCUGAUCAGCGGACAGAACUGCGACCCAUAUGCCACCGUCACCCUCGUCGGCCCUGCCAGGUCUGACCAGAAGAAAACGAAAGUGAAGAAGAAAACAAGUGACCCCCAGUUUGAGGAGACGUUUUACUUUGAGGUCACACGCUCCAGCAACUACAAGAGGUCGCAGUUCCAGGUGGAAGAGGAGGACAUCGAGAAGCUGUCCAUCAAGGUCGAUCUGUGGAACAAUGGGAAUCUGGCACAGGACGUGUUUCUGGGGGAGACGCGGGUGUCACUGAAGAUCCUGAAAAGUAACCACAUCCAUCGAGCCUGGUACCUGCUCUUGCCCAAGGGGAAUGGCAACAAGACCAAGGUGGACGACCUGGGCUCGCUGCGGCUCAAUGUCACCUACACGGAGGACACGGUGCUGCCCUCUGCCUGCUACGCCCCGCUGCGCACCCUGCUGAUGAAGUCGCCCGACGUCAAGACUUAUUGUGAAUGUGAAAAGGCACUACAACUCCCAUGUAUAGGAACAUGUGCCGUAAAUGAGAAUGCCUCCACACCGGGCAGAAGUAAAACAGUAUGUCCCAUCUCGGCGUCUGCGGCCCAUAUCCUGGGUGACGUGUGUCGUGAUCAGAACGAGGCCAUGCUGCCUGUGGUCCGCCUGCUGCUGCAUCACAACCGCCUGCUGCCCUUUGUGUCCGCCAUCGCCGAGCUGGAGCUCGAGCACACACAGGAAGCCAACACCAUUUUCCGGGGAAACACUCUGGCCACGCGCUGUAUUGACGACAUGAUGAAGAUUGUGGGCCGAAGCUACCUGAUGGUCACUCUGAAGUCAGUACUGGAUGAGAUUUGUGACUCCAAUAAGUCGUGUGAGAUCGAUCCCAUCAAGUUAAAAGAGGGCGACAACGUGGAAGCCAAUAAGGAGAAUCUCCAGGGUUAUGUCCAGAAGGUCUUCUCCUCCAUCACCCAGUCUAGUGCCAGCUGCCCGCCGUUAAUGUGUGACGUCUUCAGGUCCCUCCGGCAGAUGGCAUCCAAACGCUUCCCUGCGGACCCUCAUGUCCAGUACUCGGCGGUCAGUAGCUUCGUGUUCCUGCGGUUCUUCGCCGUGGCUGUUCUCACUCCACACACGUUUCAGCUGCGGCCUCAUCACCCCGAUCCUGAGAUAUCCCGCACACUGACCCUCAUCUCCAAGACCAUACAGACACUGGGCAGCUGGGGCAGCCUGUCAAAAACCAAGCUGUCGAGCUUCAAGGAGACCUACAUGUAUGACUUCUUCAAAUCAUUCCAAGAAGAUCAGUGUAUAGAGAAAGUGAAAAAGUUCUUAGAUGACAUCUCCUCCAAUGUGAGCAAAGAGUCCAGUGGGCUGGAGGAUUCGCUGGUCCUUAAGGAGGGGGAAGUGCACAAGCGAGCACAGGGAAGGAAGCGGCUCGGAAAGAAGAACUUCAAGAAGCGCUGGCUCCGCGUGACCAACCGGGAGCUGUCCUAUCACAAGCAUCGAGGGAAGGAGGCCUUGUUUGUGAUCUCUGUCAAGAGCAUCCUGGGAGUGGAGAAGGUGGACGAGAGUGCCUUCAACCGCAAAAAUAUGUUCCAGGUGAUCCACUCGGAGAAGCCUCUGUACGUGCAGGCAGGUAACUGCGUGGAGGCGAGCGAGUGGAUCGAGGUGCUGAGCCAGGUGAGCCGCUGCAACCCGGAGCGCCUGAGCACCUACCACCCCUCGGCCUACGUCACCGGCACCUGGCUCUGCUGCCGCGCCCCCUACGAGACCCAGCCCGGCUGCAAGCCCUGCACCAUGAGCAUGCCGGUCAACAUCCAGCUGGACAUCGACUGUGACCGCGAGACAGAGCGGAUCUUCUCCAUGCUCACCGCCAACAUGCCCAAGCUGCAGAAGAUGGAAGACGCCUGUGCCAGUCUGUCUGUGUACCUGGGUCAGCAGAAGGAGCAGGAGGAGUACUCGCUCUUCACCAUCCAGGACCCCAAGGAGACGUUCGGCACCAUCCAGCUCAUCCGCACCGUGCUGGAGGAGCUGCAGGCCCACCACGAGACACACGGGGCCCUCGCGGAUGAGCCCGGCUCCAUGGAGAACCCUAUUGUGGGGAAGACGUCCUAACGGUGUCUGUGGACAGGGAAAGAGAACACGGGAGCUGAGACCCCCACACCAGCAGGGGGCGCUGCUCGUCCACACACAGACGAGGUGGAGUCGCAACAAGGGACGAGAGUGAGGACCGCAGCACCUCACCGAUCUUGCCUCACCUGCCCCCCACCCCCCACACACUCCACAAUGCCAAGUCUUGGCCAAUCAAUGGAGGUUGUGUUGAUCAGCUGACCUGUCAUCAUCCUAUCACCAAUCAAGGGCUUGGGUUUGGUUGAUGAUUUUUUUUUUUUUUUUUUCUAUUAUUUUUCCUUCCCAUUUUAAGACAAUUGAACAAGCUAAAAUGUUUCCCACUAGUGCCUCGAUCCAGCUAUCAAUGGCCAACUCUCUUAUGAGAGAAUGUUCUCCUGCAGGGGAGAGCUGAGCCUGUUGGUUUUGGACACAUUCUUAUGUGCUGUGAACAUGCAGGAGAGAAAAGAAAAAGAAAAAAGUGACACAUCACUCGGUCAGUCAGUCUGUGUGAUGAAGGCUGCUAAAUCUCAACUGUUUUUUUGUUUUUUUUUUAAUUAUAUUAUUAUUAUUAUUAAUUUUUUCUUCAGUUUGUCUCUUGGAAAAAUCUCACCUUCUGAGCAAUCAUCGAGACCUCAGCUCUCCGGUCACCUCUCCUUCAGGGCCUUGAUAUCUCGGGUACUGCACUCAGAGAGAACACUCCUCCAUAUCGGCCAUUCCUCUGUCUCUGUACACUCCCUCUUUCUUCUCUACGCUCUACUUCUCUGUUGUCUAUCUAUCUAUUAUCUAUCUAUCUAUCCAUGUCUAUUCACUUUCUCUCUCUCUAUUCUCUUUCUUUUCUCUCUCUCUUUCUACUCUCUCUCUCUCUCUCUUUCUAUUCUCUCUCUCUCUGUGAGGAUGCCGUUGAUCUGCCUUAAGUUCUGGUUGGAUGUAUUCCCCUGUUCUAGCCUCCUCUGGCUUAGGGAAUUAUGCUCAAGCACUUUAGACAUUUGGAAAGUUCCAGAUGAAAUCAUUUAGAUACGUGGUAUCAACCUGCUCCCCCUACGGAUCAGUUUUAAUGAUCAUCAGUCGCUUGUGUAAGUCUUGUAUAUUGACAUUUGUACGUCUGUAGAUUUCUUCUUUUUUUUGUUUUGUUUUUUUUAAAGAUUGAAAUAGUAGCUAUUUUUCUUAUGCCAAAGAUGACCAUUUCCUAGGGUUGACAACUUGAGAUUUUUAAAGUGUAUUUUAAAUACCGACAUUCUGAAGAAAAAAAAAGGAAUAUUAUCCAUAUCCAGUGGAGUGAUGCAUUUUUGCAUUUGUUUGUAUAGUCCUUUUAUCCCAUAACAUAUUUUUUUGGUUCAAAAGAGCGAGCUGAGUCAUACAUCUGGCCUUCAUGUUCUAAUCAUGUCAAAUCAAAUCAUUUGUUUGUUGUUUGUUUGUUUGGUUGGUUGGUUUAUUAAAUAAUGGCUUCAAAGGUUUCUUCUACACUCCCUUUUACACAGGUAAAUAAAUAAAUAAAUAAAUAAAUAAUAAGGUGCGCUGUGAGGACAGCAUGUGACAGUACUCUGGUAGACAGUACUAUGACGUCACACAUUUUUAUUGUUCUGAUUGGUCCCCAGGUCUGUCUGCCCUGCACCUUCACCUUCUGCAUGGAAACUCAACUGAGAUCGGACAAUUUUUGGGGGAAUCAAACCCAAAUUGGCAUUUAAAACAUUUGAAAUCUAGUGACUUUGCCACUAGAAAAAUGUGUUUGUUUCCUUAUUCAGUUUUGCUUUCACACACUUUGAUCAUUUCAUCCGCACCCAUCGACUGGUCUGGUUAUGCUGUUGAUGAGUGGCAGAAAUACAGUUUGUUUUGAUAAGUUUGUUUUUGUGGAAUAAGACGUACCACACCGUAGCACAGGGUAAUGUUGCUUGAGGCAGAAAAAAAAGUCUGGUCCAUCAUCUAUUUCUGUGUGCUUCUUCAUUGUAUUUAAUGUGUUUUUUUGUUUUGUUUUGUUUUGUUUGUUUGUUUGUCUGUUUAGAUGUCUUUUUUUUUCUUUCCUUUUUAGCAGACCUGUAUGUUUUAACACACACUGUGAGCUGAUCACUUUGUAAAACGUGUUACUUUGAUGGUACCUUUUUUUAAGUGAAUAAAUAAUUUUAACACUCA